AUGGAGGUCCCGAUGGCGGCUAGACUACCGGCAGGAAGGCCGCAAGCGGAGGAAGUCGCGGGAGGCGUCGCGGUGCAGCCGCACAAACACGUCGUCCGGCGAGGCUGGAGUUGCAGGCUGCUGUUUCGGGAACCGAAUCCGAAACUGCCAAACGUUCUGGGAGCGAAUGUGGAGGUAGGAGAACUGGCAAAAGGGCUGCAACUGCCGAACGUUCGGGAAACGAACGUGGAGGUAGGAGAACUGGCGAAUGGGAUGAAACUACAGAACGUUCGGGAGACGAACGUGGAGGUACUGAUACUGCCGACCGUUCUUUUCACGGACGGGGAGGUAAAAAAACUGCCAAACGUUCGGGAGUUGAAUGGGGAGAUAGCCAUACUGCCGGCCGUUCGGCUUCCGAACGAGGAGGCAGGAAAAAUGCAGAACGUUCGGUUCUUGUGUCCUCUACUACAGGGAAUGAAGGGGAAGUGUCUGCUGGUGACAGGAGUUUGGGCAGGGUCCAGCGGAAAAAGGAGGCGCUGUACGGCAGGCUUGGCAGCAGCUCCUAGGAACGCUGGAAGUGCUGUUGGUGGAGCAGGGACAGCUGCGGCCCAUCGCCCAGGUGAGUCGACCUCUGACGCCAUUGCCCCUCUAGUUGCUGGGCCAUGGGUUACCACAGUGGUGGGUCCCGGUGUUAGUAUGGUUGGUGACGGCAGGGGGCAGGCGGGGGACUGCUAGGGCACGGAGCGGACCAGAAGGGUAUAGCGAUACACGACGCCCCAGGGUCUCCCCAGUCAACGUGCGGAGCACAGUGCUUCACCAGGGUCUCCCAUACGACCGGGCCGGGGACGACAACGGGCGGGUCAGGUCAUCAGGGAAGGAUCGGAAGGUAGUGACAGCGAUGGACAGCGCAGAGGAUCGACACCCUCCAGGAGGAUUGCGCACAGGGCCCAAGCGAAGGGCGCAUGGGGCGCAAGGAGGCACCGGUCACGUAGCAGCCAUCAGAGGGUGACUGACUUAGACGACAAGGUUCCCUGCGGGGCAAAUCACACCCGGGGGCAGCGUAGGGUGCCCCCUGUCAGGACACGUGGCUGGAGGCAGCAGGAAGACAGUUCCAUGAGCAGGAGUUCCCCCUCAGGGACGGACGGCUAG